GACCGGCUCCAUCUCGAGGAGGCGAUUGCAGAAGCCAAACGGGUGCUGCAGGACAACGACACGGUGGAAAAGAUAAAAGCUGUCUUGCGAAAAGCGCAGAAGAUAACCCCAGGGAAGUGGACGCUUUCAGGGAAGAAAGACGAGUUGAAGCAAAAACUGCGCGAGUUCGUGGAAGAG